UUUUUUUUUUCCUUUUCAUUUGCUACGCUCUUAUUAUAUCCAUUUUACUUUUUUUAUUUUUAUUAUAUCUUCUUGUAUCCUUGUAUAUAAAUUUGGAAUACUUCUUUGAUCCCAUUCUAUUAUCUUGGCUAGUUUAUUCUUCUUUUUAUCAUGUUGAAUGUGUAUGCAUGGAUAUUUAUAGUGGGCAUUAUUGUUUUUUUCUCCAUUACAAUUAUUCUCUUAUUCUUUACUCGUUCUGCUAUUGAACUUCCUUUACAUGUUGGUGCUGAUGCUGAAUUUAACGAUUGGCCUAUAGAAACGGAAGAACUUGUGGCUGAACUUCCUGAAGAUGCCCGACUUAGUUAUGAACGUGCAAAAGUAUGGCAAGAACGACAUCCUCCUGAUAGUAUUCCUACUGAUAUCACAGCACCUCAAUAUGUCUCGAUUCAAGAAAAGGGUGUCUCUGCAUUUGAAUUUGAAUGGGAACCAGAAUCUCACUGCUUUGUUGCUGCUCGUACGGAAAUUCAAUUUGUUCAUGGUGAAUGUAGUGUACAAACCAAUUUACCAUUACCAAGAAAUCAAGAAGUUUAUUAUUGGGAAGCCAAGAUGUUUGAAAAACCCGAUACAACCACAGUAUCAGUAGGAGUGGCUACUAAACCUUACCCAAGUUGGCGUUUACCUGGAUGGAAUCGAUAUUCAGUUGGCUACUUUUCAGACAAUGGAUGUAAAUAUUUUAGCUCACCUUUCAAUGGAAAACCCUAUGGAUUGACUUUCAACCAUGGUGAUGUCAUUGGCGUGGGUUAUCGACAUCGUACUGGUACAUUAUUUUUUACUCGAAAUGGACGUAAAUUAGAAGAUGCAUAUACUGGAUUACGAUGGAAUCUCUUUCCUACAAUAGGUGCCAAUGGUCCUUGUCAAGUACAUGUGAAUUUAGGUCAAAUGGGUUUUGUAUUUGUGGAAGCCAAUGUCAAGAAAUGGGGAUUAGCACCAUCACAAGGUACUCUGGCUCCUCCUCCUGCAUAUGGUUUGGAAAAUGAUACUAUCUUAUUAGCUGCUGGCACAUCAUCGUCAUCAACAUCCAACGGCAUACAAUCUUCUUCUACCCGACAACAUCGUAUGUUACGAGAACAUGAACCUAUCAACGAUCAAGAUGCUGUUUUGAUUACUUUGGAUGAAGAAGAAAGUCCACCACCAUCGACACCUAUUGCGCCCGAAUUGAAUGAUAACGACGGCAAUCAUACAAGGACAAAUGCUGCAAUUGACUCAACAACCACAACCGAUGUAUCAUCUCCAAAACCACCACCAUAUGUCCCACCAUCAUCAUCACUAUCUGGCAAUGAAAGCACUUCUGGACAUAUUCAAGUUCAAAUCGAUUCAAAUAACAACUCUCACUAGAUGGAUUCAUAUUAGUUAUAUAUUAUCAUUAUUAUUAUUUUUAUGUUUUAUACUAUAUUUUUUUUUUAUUUUCAUUUCUUCCUUUUAUUUAUUAUAUUGUACCCCCUUUUUAUUUUUCCCUCCUUUGAUUCAGCCAUUUUAUAUACAUACCCAUUACUUGUACAUACACAUACAAAUCCGUCGGUCCUUCAAUACUUUUGCCACGUUUAAAAUAAAAACUAUAAACUGAGGUGCUUUUUCC